AUGGCGGUUGAUCGAGAGAGAAUAAGAUUGGAUCAAGAGAAAAUUAGGGUUCAGAAUCUGUUGCAGGGGAUGCAGAAUGUGAUGAAUACUUACAAUUCCAGCUUCAUCACUCCUCCUCUGACUUCUCAGAAUAUAAACUACGGUAUAACUUCUUCAGGCUAUGGUCAGUACAACACACCAAGUGUUAUGCCAGUGUCAUUGCUGGGUAACAAAAGAGUGGAAUGUGAGAAUUUUUCGACACCUUUGGCCAGUCAGGCUAUAACCGGAAAACGAAAGGGUCCUGAAGUUUCAGUAGUAGCUCCUCCGGUAUCUAGGAAACCGCGGACUACUACAGCACAAGAAAAAUCAUAUGCAAAUGAGGCGAAUAAGAUGGCGCAAGCGGAUAAAACAGCUAACAAUUUAUCUUCUCAAACUGUGGCCAAUAACUCAGCUGCAACUAAUGAGUUGAUGACUGGUGAUGUGUCGAAGUGUUUGUUCAAUAAGGCUGAUUCGUCGAUUCCUACUAAUUCGACACCACAAAAACAUGCUUCUUCUCCUGGGAGUGAUAAGUCCAACAGUCCACAGAAAGAACUAGAAGUUACUCCUACAAACUGCCCAAUUGUUACAAAGGAGAGAUUCACAAUCAGCCCUCUCAAACAAAUCACUUCUUAUUCAGUCGAGAGGAGCCAUCUGGUUUCUUCUUCAUCGCCGGUCCAGUCUAAUCUUAAGAUUUCUAAUAGGAGAGACCAUGUGAGAGGAAGGCUCAACUUCGAUGACACUGAUACAGAAAAGUGCUUAGAGGCACCUGCUACUGCUGCACCUUUGGUUGCAACUUCUCCAUCUGGAUCUGAUCCUGAAGUUGAUUUAUUUGACAUGGAUUUAUUUGAUAUGGAGUUCCUGGGUGAAAACUUUUCAAUCUCAGAGAUGCUAGUCGAUUUCGAUCUUGCUUGUGAAGGAAGUACACUAAAUGCACCCAUAGAAACUCCUUCAGGGUUGUCUCCGGAACUAGGGAAUUGUAUUCUCGAGACUGACCAGACCAUGUCGGAAUAUACAACAAUGAAUGAAGUGAUUCAGGGGAAAGACAUGAGCACUCAAGGUGGGAGAUUAUGCCAACUCGUUCAUAGAAAUGCAUACGGAUCUCGAGUCCUGCUACUGUUGGCUCCAAAACACCAAUGCAAGAUCAUCUGUUGA